GUAAGGCUUCCGAAUGAGUACGAGACAUAAAUGAAUCGAAUCACUGCCAGUAAAAUAACCUAUUUAAUAUUCGACGAACGACUAACUGAUUACAAUUAAUAAAUCGUUUGCGUAUCAGUUCGACGUUAGGCUAGAUGAAAGUAACUUUCAUCAAUAAUGUUACGAUCAUAAGCGGAUCAAACAGAGAUAUUUUACUGCCUUGUACGUAUUCGCUUUAAUAGUAUUUAAUUAAAAUCUUGUAUAUAUUUCUGUACAAAGUGCUCAUUAAAAUUUUAUGUACAAGAAUUAAUAAUUUUAUCGUCGAUGUUUUGUGAUCUCUAAUGACCAUUGCCUAAAUUUGAACGAAGUUUUUCUCCCUGUCUCUUUUGUUCUUUACAAACCUAAUUAUUGUAUACUGCAUAAAAUUACGAUGUUCUAUAAAAGGGAAAACUAUAUCGAGUAAUUGUUAUUCAUGGACUGUGCCAUCUCGGUAUUUUGGAGAAAGUGUGAUUCAACGUAUUCAAAAUGUGCCGAUGCUAUGCUACUCACGUAUCAACCAGGCUGCUUCCGCGAUAUAUAACUCCCCACAGAGUAUCUUAGCGUCAGAAUAGCUGCUUGAUUUUCGUCGGUGAUAAUACUAUCGUUUAUUCUAGUGAAAAACUUUGAAAGUUCUUAUAAAAUUGCAAAAUGUUGAAAUACGUAGUACUUUCUUGUAUUAUGCUUCUUUCGGUAUGUGCCGAACCACCCAUUCAAGGUGUAAAACCAACAAAUGUACUUGGCACUUCUGAUCAGCAUGCAUCUUUCAGCUUUAUCAGACCGGGUUUAACACAAACAGCCUUUGCUUUUAGUGGCCCUAGCUCUCAUCAAUCGUUUAGUUCCAGUAUUGGAAAUCCUCAUUUAGCACAAAGGGUUCUUCCAAAUGUUGCUAAUGCACUUGCUUACAAAAAUCCUGGCUUAGGUGUAUUUCCGGUUGGUCCUGUCGCACAUGGUUAUGCAACUGCACCAGUUGCACCCACUUUUGUUUCUCCUGCACCUGCACCGCUACCCUAUCAAACCUCAGUUGAUCCAACUACUGCACUAGCUUAUUAUCAACAGUUACAGCAAUAUCAGCAAGCCCAGUUACAUGGUUAUCCUGCACCUAAUGCAUAUCAAGCACAAUUAGCGCAAUUACUUGCAUUACGGCAAGCUCAAGCUCAAGCUCAAGCUCAAGCACAAGCUCAAGCUCAAGCGCAAGUUCAAGAACAUGUGCAAGCACAAGCACAACAAGUACCUGAACAGAUUCAGUUGCAGCAAGAACAACAACACCAAGCUCAGAAUUUAUUAGGAAUUUCUUAUUCCGCAGCACCUUCGGUAGCCCGGGUAAAAGUUUCCGGAAAUGGUUAUAAAUUCGAUUUCUAAGAUAUGUAAAAUCUCAUUUCAUAUUAGUCAAAUUACGUGAAUUGAAGCGACUUGAAACAUUUCUUUAAGUUUCUAUAAUCUUCCUUAUUAGCUACUUGAUUUCAAGUUGCUUAAUUCAUAUAACUUGAUUAAUCUGAAUAAGGCUUAAGUGCAUUGUAUGAUAAAAGUUCCAUAUUUUAUAUCUUUAUAUUUUAUUUAUUU